UUACGACCUUGAUUACGGCAGUAUUUGACAAGCGAGCGCGGAAUUUGUAAACAGAGCUAGCUAACAUUAGCAGUCAAGAGGUCGACGUAGCUCCUCGCAAAGUUUCAAAUUAGUAAAUUUAGGUUGUUUUGUCUCAUUUAAUUACUUAGGAAUGAAGAUGGUCAACUGGUGGCCACACAGCGGAGAGACAGCAGCAGUGAGGCUGCCUCGCCGCUCCGUGUGACGGCUGCCCGGCAUGCUAGUUCACCUCCUCGGCAGAGCUCUGCUUCGGUCGGCUCCGACGUUACAGCGGCUAGCGGUCCCACGGAGGGGGCUCUGUGCGGCGCAGAGUGACCGGUGUCCGGACACACCGCAGCAGCAGCAGCAGCAGCAGCAGCCAGCAGACAUGAUCCGGGGCCGGGCCCAGAUCAAGCGGGUCCUCUGUGUGGCCGAGAAGAACGAUGCAGCCAAAGGCAUCUCAGAGAUAAUGUCCAACGGCGGGUUCCGGAGGAGGGAGGGGAUGUCAAAGUUUAAUAAAAUCUAUGAGUAUGAAUAUCAUCUCUUUGGUCAGAAUGUGACGGUAACGAUGACGUCAGUAUCAGGCCAUUUACUGGGAAUGGAGUUUAAAACACAGUACCGGAAAUGGCAAAGUUGCAAUCCUGUGCUGUUAUUUGAUGUCGAGGUAGAGAAGCACUGUCCGGAAAACAUGAAACAAAUCAAGCGAACACUAGAGAAAGAGGUGAGACAGUGCCAGGUCUUAGUCAUCUGGACUGAUUGUGACCGAGAGGGAGAAAACAUUGGCUUUGAAGUCAUAGAAGUCUGCAAAGCAGUGAAGCAAAAUUUACAAGUCUUUCGGGCAAAGUUUUCUGAGAUCACCCCCAACUCCAUUCGGAGAGCUUGUGAGACUCUUACUGAGCCAGAUGCCAACAUCAGCGAUGCUGUCGAUGUCCGUCAGGAGCUGGACCUGCGAAUAGGUGCGUCCUUCACUCGAUUCCAAACGCUUCGCUUGCAGAAGAUCUUCCCAGAGUCUUUGGCCAAUCAGCUGAUCUCAUACGGCAGUUGUCAGUUUCCCACUCUGGGCUUUGUUGUGGAGCGCUUCAAAGCCAUCCAGGCUUUCAUACCCGAGACUUUCUACAAGAUCAAAGUGCUGCACGAGAUGGGGGAGGACACUGUUGACUUCAGUUGGAAAAGAAACCGUCUCUUCAACCACACAGCAUGCCUGGUUCUCUACCAGAUCUGCAUGGAGAAUCCCAUAGCAACAGUCACCUCAGUAACCAGCAAACCCAAGAGCAAGUGGAGACCGCUGCCUUUGGACACUGUGGAACUGGAGAAACUUGCAUCUCGGAAGCUAAGAAUAAAUGCCAAAGAGACCAUGAAAAUUGCAGAAAAACUGUAUACCCAAGGGUACAUCAGCUACCCCCGAACAGAGACAAACAUUUUUCCCGAAAACCUGCCUCUCGGCCCCCUGGUGGAGCAGCAGACACAAAGCCCGAUCUGGGGGACGUUUGCCCAGAGAGUGAUGGAGCAGCCGGGGGGUCCCAACCCACGACAGGGCAAGAAAUCUGACCAAGCCCAUCCCCCGAUUCACCCCACCAAGUACUCCAGUACACUGCAGGGCAAUGAGGGACGUGUGUACGAGUUCAUUGUCCGGCACUUCCUGGCAUGCGUAUCCCAAGAUGCUUUGGGGCAGGAGACUGUGGUGGACAUAGACAUCGCCCAUGAGAACUUCUCCUCCUCGGGACUCAUGAUCAUUGCAAAGAACUACUUGGACGUUUACCCGUAUGACAGGUGGAGUGCCAAGGUGAUUCCAGUGUAUGAGCAAGGCUCCCAGUUCCAGCCUUCUGCUAUCGAGAUGGUGGAUGGACAGACGAGUCCUCCGCAGCUGCUCACUGAAGCCGACCUCAUAUCCCUGAUGGAGAAGCACGGCAUUGGCACAGAUGCAACCCACGCAGAUCACAUCGAGACCAUAAAGAGUCGCAUGUAUGUGGGCUUAACAGCUGACCAGAGGUUUCUGCCUGGAGAGCUCGGCAUGGGACUGGUGGAGGGUUACAACUCCAUGGGCUAUGAGAUGUCCAAACCAAACCUGCGUGCUGAAUUGGAGGCGGACCUCAAGCUGGUAUCAGAGGGCAGGAAGGACAAACAGUCUGUCCUGCAGCACCACAUCCAGAAAUACAAGUCUGUCUUCAUUGAGUCUGUCAAGAAGGCGAAGAAGUUGGAUGAAGCCCUGUCGCCAUAUCUGGGUGCAGCUCAGGAAGUGGCUGAAGCAGAGCAGCAGGACAUGGAGUUCCCGCUGCCGGUCAGGAAGUGUCCUCACUGCGGACAGGACAUGGUGCUGAGGAAGAAGAGGGAGGGAAACAGUAAGUUCCUGUCCUGCACAGGCUUCCCAGCCUGUAAGUCAGCGGUGUGGUUCCCCGACACGGUGCUGGAGGUCAGCAGAGAUGACAGCAUUUGUCCCACCUGUCUGCCGCACCCGGUUCACAUGUUGAAGUUCAAGUUCCGCAGGGGCAGCCUCCCUCCCAUGAUGCCUUUAGAAUUUGUUGGCUGCAUCGGUGGAUGUGACGAGACACUCAGAGAAGUGCUGGACCUGAGGUACCUCCGACCCGGGGGAGGGGGAGCGGGAGGUGGGGGGGGUGGACUACGGGGAGGAAGAAGAGAGGACCCUCUUCCACCAGCUCCAAGGCCCCCCAGAUCAGAGCCACCCAGAGCCCUGAGUUCAAAUUCUCGAACUUCCCUUCCUCCUGCCCCAUCCUGGACCCCGCAGCCACAACCUCCAGCAGGCGGCAGCGCUCUGGGUGUAGACAAUGAUGCCAUUGUGUGUAACUGUGGUCAGGAUGCUCUCCUCCUGACCGUGCGCAAAGACGGUCCCAACCAAGGCCGUCAGUUCUACAAGUGCAACGCGGGGGGCUGCAACUUCUUCCUGUGGGCGGAUCAGCCAAGUGAGCAGGGGGAGCCACAGGGUCGAGGGCCUCCGCUGCACAUGCCGCCAAGGCCCCCUCUAGGGUUCAGGACUACCCCUGGAGCAAGCAGAGGGCGGGAAGGGGGUGCAGGAGGACAGACAAUGUGUAACUGUAAUGAGACAGCGGUGACACGAACGGUGCAGAAGGACGGGCCAAACAAGGGCCGGGUGUUCCACGCCUGCGGGAAACCUAGAGAGCAGCAGUGUGGCUUCUUCCAAUGGGCUGAUGAGAACCAGCCGCCACUAGUUGGGUUCGGUGGGGGAUUUAAUGGCGGUGGAGACGGAGGGACGAAGGGGAGGAAGAUCACUGGAGGUGCCACCGCUAACAAACCUGCAGCUGCUAAGAAGCCUCGUACCUGUGGCAUCUGCCACAACCCGGGACACACCCGAGUCACCUGUCCCCAGCGCUGACCGCUGCUUAGAGACACUUAACGGGGAGUUCCUGAAGUCUCUGACUUCAAAGUGUGGAGUCAGAUUUUAUUUUUCAAACAUGCAGCAACUCAGAUUGUACAUGCCUCCUCCCAGGGGACGGACCUCUUCCUCUGGUAAAUAAGAAUUCCAAAAGGACAAAAACAGCUUUGAGCACCAGACCAAAGGCAUGUCAUGACUAAGGCUAAA